UAUUUCCUCGAUUGAGCAAAAUGGCGGCCGAUCGUUCGACUUCUUAAGUCCCCGUCCAGUUCAACUAAAGUUUAAUCUUCGUGGCAGUUAAUACAAGGCUUCUUUUUCACGUAAUGAAGGUUGUGGAAGGAAUAUUACAUUUACGCGAACAUGUCUGGAGCAGAUAGAAGGCAAGAGAAGGAAAUUCUACAGGAAUUUGAUUCACAAGUGAAAGAUAUUCGACAGCGCCUAACAGAGCAACUGAAAUGUCUGGACAACCGCUACGAUGCUCAGCGGGAGCAGCUAGGGGACCUGCAGGAGUACAUGAAGAUGCGGGCGGAGGUGGAGGUGGAGUACGCCAAGAGCCUUGAGAAGUUGCAUGAGCGCCUCACCAGAAGGCAGAAGGCUGUCCAGAAAGACAGGGAAGGUGGCGUCCCGUCUACAACAGCAUGCUGGAACAUGCUGGUGGACAUGACGCGAAGUCAGUACAAGCAACACUCUUCAUUCAGCCAGUGUCUCAACUACACCCUCUACAACAACUUUGGGUCCAUCAGGGACGGCCUGGAUAAUGUGUACAAGAAGAGCCGAGAGAUGAUGGUUGAGGUGCACACAGAACUCCUGAGGGUCAUGAACGAGCUUUAUGCCGAUAUCAAGUCCUACCACAAUGCACACAGUGAGGAGAAAGUUCAGGAGGCUAAACUCAGACAGGCAGAGAACGAAAAACUCAAGAUGGAGGAGAAGGGCUCACACAAACGGAGCAAGACGGUGGACAAAAACUAUGACAAGUGUUCAGUCAAACACCACGAUAGUUCAGUCAAAGCCACCAAGGCCAGGAAUGACUACAUCAUCGCCGUCGGGGCGGCCAACGCAAGCAUGGACAAAUUCUUCCAGACAGACUUGGAUAAGAUUGUAGACUGCCUGGACCUGAGGUACAUCCAGCUGGUGCGCAAGGCCCUGAAGGCUUUCCACACGGCCGAGGUACAAGUGCAGACGCUACAGCAAGAUGAGCUGAGGCGGCUUGAGCUUUGCAUGCGCCGACUCAGCUCCGAGGAGGACAAAAAGCUCUUCCUGCAGGUCAACUUCCAGCCGUUUGUCGGGCCGGCGACCUUCCAGUUUCAGUCUCACUGUGGGGACAAGAUUCAUUCACUGACGGCCCAGCAUCAACUGCAGAGUGACCUGGAGCAUCGCUAUGAACUUCUGUAUCGCACUAUUGCAGCCCUCAAGAUUGAAACCGACGAGAUCCAGAAGACCCUGAAGGAGGUGGAGCGCAACUGGACGGAGGACGAAAGCAACCCCAGCGAGGACGAAAUUGUGACCCAGCUGAGGUCCGUCCGGAGGAUGGUGGACUCCGUCUCCACCCCAGACCUCAACCGGGUGUCGUCCAUGAAGAGACAGCGUGCGCUCAAGCAGGAGACAGAGAUGUACUAUCUGGAGAAACAAAGGGAGUAUCUACAGAAGAGCAACAGACUAACUCGCAUGAAGGCCAGGCAGGAUCUCAUACGCCAGGGGCUAGGACUGAGUGAUUCCGAUACAGAAAAGCGGUGCCACCCGGCCACCACUUUACAACGGCGACAGAAGCCGCGGCCCAAGUCAGUACAUAACGCCCGCCUGUUCGGAGGCAACUUGCAAGAGUACCUGGAGAUUACUAAGCGUGACAUUCCAACCGUUGUACAAAGCUGUAUUGAGUGUAUUUCCUUGUAUGGUUUGCAUCACACGGGUAUCUUCCGAAUGCCCGGGUCUCAUCAAGAAAUCACUGAAAUGAAGGAAGCAUUUGACAAAGGGGACGACCCAUUUGAAAACCUCGAUGAGUUGGCUGACAUCAACCUGGUGGCCAGCGUCCUCAAGCUGUACUUCAGGGAGCUCCCCGAGCCACUGUUCCCGACAACGCUCUUCCCCCAGUUCAUGGAGUGCGCCAAAAAAUUCCGGGACGCCGAGAGAAUACCAGAGUUGAACAGACUAGUGAAGGAGCUACCCACCAGCAUCAUGAUAGUAAUGCGCUACCUGUUUGCAUUCCUCAAAAGGCUGGCCCAGUACAGCGACGAGAACAUGAUGGACUCCCACAACCUGGCCGUCUGCUUCGGCCCUACCCUGAUCCAGCAGUCUGAGUCGGACGAGGACAUCCUGCUAUGGCAGAGCCACAUCAACGACCUGAUCCAGACCAUGAUCGUCUUUCAGGAGGACAUCUUCCCCCAGGAGCCCGGCACGCUGUAUGAGGACCCGUCCAUCACUGACCUCAGCUCGAGCCCCAGUGGAAGCCUUGAGACCAUACCUGAAGGGACGACCGACGAAGACGCCAACAGUGGUUUCAUGGUCACAGCCAAGGCAGACUACCUGGCCAAAACGAGCAGCGACCUGACCUUCAGCAAAGGGGACCAAAUCCGCCUCUUCAACAAAGUGGACGAACACUGGUGGAGGGGCAUGGUUGGGGACCAGAAGGGCUACAUCCCCAUUCAGUACGUGGACGCGCCGGAAAAUGAGAACGGUGUGCUGAGCCACCCGGUCAAACGCCAGGUCAGCCGGACGAGCAGUGCCGACAUGCUGGUGCAUGACAUUGAGACCAAGAUGGCCAGCGUGGCCCACGCCCUGUCCAACAUUGAGACGGUCCAGAACACCCAGGCCUCCACCCCGGACCUGGUCAAGGAUAUCCGCACCCCAGUCACCCCAUCCUCCCCUGGGCCGACUACGCCCAAGCCCAAAAACCCCCCACCUGCCGUCAAACCCCGCCCCUCCACCAAACCCACCCGGCCCAUGCCUUCGUCCUCGCGCAAGCCCCAGUCUCCCAUGAGCUCCACACAGACCUUAUGAGGACAAAAACAACACGGAUGCUCAUAACACCAUUUUACUUUGAUUUCAGUUUUCAUUGUCUCGACAUAUAAUCUUAUUUGUGCAAAAAGGGUUUUGGAAAUGCCAAGAGUAUUUUUUAGGCUUGCACGCUUUUGUAAUACCACAGCAUAAUGAAAUGACUGCAAAGCAUAGGACUCGGAAGUAGAACACCAUAAUGCUGCUGUUAGUUUUAAGCAUAUAGUUUGUUUUGUUCAUGGUAUUAUUCAGUUGCAAAGUAGACAUUUCAAUUCAGACAUCAUGCAAAACCCCAAUAUGAAGAGAAACAAGACAUUUUGAAAAUUCAUGACAAGAAUAUAUAAAACUAGCCCGGCAAGCUGCCGGCAAGAGAUAUUAUUCAUGCUUCAUACGUUGGCACAAGCUUUAAGGCCUUGGCAUAGUUGUGUUCAGCUGUGCAGUGGUUUGGCAGGUCAUACAUUUCCCUGUGACCUUAACAAGUUGUCCACCUUUGAAUUAAUUUUUUAAAAAUCCAAAAGGGGUGCUCCAUACAAUUUCCACCAGAUGCUUCUUAAUUUUCUUGUAACUAAGGACCAUUUUUGAAAGCCACCAUUUGUUAUUUUCACAUCAUAAAUAUGAAUUAUGAAUUCGUCAUUGAAACAUUUUUCCAACCCGACAAUGACUUGUUAUGCCUUGCUUGAUUUCAACAUUGGACAAGUGGAAACCAAAUUUUAUAUGCAGAUAGUGUGAUCUUUUAGUUUAAUACUCCACCUUCAUGUCAGUACACCGUUUGUAGAUUCAGCAUACCCACCUCACUGCUGAUGUGUCCAGACAAAGGCGAUUUCUGUUGCUGUUUUGUGUUCCUGAGCUGUAAAUGACGCAAGAAAUCAACUGCACGUCUCUUUGCAUUUGACCCCCAGGCAUUAACUCAAAAGCUAUCUACUUGAAUGCCACAGUCAUGGUGUUUCGAAGGAUGCAGCAGAACAAGGGCUUAACUUUGAAAAAGAAGGUCAUUAAAAUUCAAUGAACAAACUCUUCGAAAUGGUAAUUAACCUAUGAGGACUCUGAUGGUACAGUGUAGAUUGGCUGAAGGAUCCCCUUAACAGGGCAAGUGCAAUGGACAUAGAGAACCACGGUAGAAAUCUCAAGACUCACUGCGAGUACAAGUUUUGAACAUUAAGAGUUCAUGUACCCAUCCCAGUCUGUUCUGUUUCAGCAAUAAGGGAAUGUGUUUGAGGAUAGCUCUUAUUGUCAAGCCUGUUCUGGCUACAAUGACCUCCAGAGCAUAGUAAUACAAGCCCAUGUUUCAGAUAUUUUGAACCUUUUUAACUGAAAGGUUAAAGACGGAGAAGCAGUGGUCAUAGUAAAAAGCACAGCUGUUUGCUGGAGAAACAGUGAAAUGAAAUCUACUUGAACGUGCUUGUAUUUCAAAUUAAUUUCAUUAGAUGGCCAGAUAUUCUGCUUGGUGCAUGUGAACUGCUGUGGGAGCCCUGCAUUUGAAGGCCAAGCCUGUGGCUGGCUAAUGAUGCAUGCAUCCAUAGAACUUGGCUGCAGACACUAGCCAGACAGCUUCCAUAAACAUGCAUGGUUAUUUCUGGCCAUAGCCAUAAAGUCUGGAUACUGACCCAGAAUGGUCCCUGGUGCUUUUUCUGCCGUCUUCCCAGUGCAGAUCUGGGGUGGUUUGGGGGGGGGGGAGUUGAGGAAGAAACAUGACCAAAACAGACUUUGUCACCCAGGGCUCACAGAUUGUAUUCCACUCAUUUUCCUUUGUUAGGUUUUUCUUCCAGAGAAGUUCUGUUCCAUAUUCUACAUGUCCUUAGUGCAUUUUUUAUACCAUUUAAUUUUCUCUUUGCCAGUGGCAGCGAUAGUUUGAGUCUCUCUUCCUUCCUAGAUCUGCCCUUGCUUAUUAUUUCAUUCCUUUCCAAGUGUUAGAACCAGUAAGAACAUUUCUUGAAGUUGGAAACUCAGCACACUACACAGGCUCAUGUUGUCUUUAUUUUUACCUGUACAUGCAAUUUUUAUCUGCCUUAGCUUAAUAAAUGAAAUAGUACUCUGCUUGGUGUUAUACAAUAGUUACUGGUGCCUCAAUGGGUGGUUGGAAUGUUGUACAUAGAAAAAAAAAUUGCAAUGACAUUAUAAAUUGUUUUACAUGAUUUUUAAUGGUAAGUGAAUGUCGGUUUUAGUGACGCAUUUUUAAAAACCUGUCGUUACGUACAGUCUCAUUGUUUUGGAUAUUAACGGCCAGGUAAUCUGGAAAAUCUAUGCAUGGGGAAAAACCUGUUCUUGCCGUUGUACAAACGUACAACGGUAAGAACUGGUCAAUUCACAAAAGCACACCACCAAGAAUUUGCAACGCGUUGGCCAAUCACAAUGCGCGAAAUCUGUCGACCCUUUCCAAACCUGCACUGGCUCCACAAAUUUCGCACACUGUGAUUGGUCAACACAUUGCAUACUCUUUGAAGCACACUAUUGGGAAUGGCCCGUAUUGUGGAUAAAUGUGACAUGGCCAUGGGAGCACAGAGGGGAAUGAACUAAAGUUGAUUACUGAUUAGUUGGAGUUUCUGUGAACCUACCCUCCCCCCAAUCUGGAGAGAGAGAGGUGGUUACGGAGGAGCGGAGACCCUACAGGCCACCCUCUCCAUUUCACAACUGUCUUUGGUUGCCCCUCAUCUAGAGUUUUUUAGUCUCCAAUUGCCCAUGCACAAAAAGCUUUGGAAAUGCCCUCCUUUCCAAUGGCCAGGAAUACAGAUUAGCACAUCUUUGUAGGCCCAUCCAAUUUGUUCAAAUAUUUCAUCAGUUUUGUCUUGUUACUCUGUGAUUCAUCUCUGGUCAAAAUUUGGAAAGAUGAGAGCGAGAUGCUGUCUCCUGAGGUGUUCAGAAAUUGGAAAUUGCAGUCUAUUUUUCUCCAAGUUUCUGUUUUAGUGAUUAUGUUAAAGCUUUUACAUUUCAUCCAAAUUUUUUGUUCAGAGUGGAAUAUGUUUGAACAGUUUCUUUUUGCUAUGCAGGUUUUUUUUUUGGUUAAUGUUAUAAAACUAAGAUGUUUAUUAUCAGCUAGCUAGAUGAGAUUUUGUUGGAGCAAUACGGCAGCUAAAACUAGCAAAGUGAUAUUAGACAGCCUUGUGUGGUGUUAUUUCCCAUACGUUGGCUUUGUCUUCAACCAUGGCUAAACAUUGUUAGGUAGACUUUACUUUUGUAUCUGAAGUGAUGUUGUCAAAGCCCGGAGCCAAAGCACAAAUCAUUAAGCUGAAGCCAAACCCAAGAAUUGAAAAAUAGCCUUACAUAUUGUAAGUGUAAUAAAAUGGAGCUAAAGAAUAAAUAUGCUUUCACAUUAGGUCAGUGUUAAAUUGAUGACAAAUUGUAAAAGCUGGGUGCACAAAACAUGGUGUGAUGUUUCACCAAGUUGACUUUGUGGUACAAUGUACUAAAUAUAUUAAACAAGCAUACAUAUACCAAUUAUUAA